CAAUACCUACACAAGCACCGCCCUUCGCAAGAGCUGACUACCCGCCCGCUCCGCUUUAAGUGCUGAGCUGGAGUUUGGAAGAGGAGUCUGCAGCGGAGAAAUGGGUUUAGCCGAGCUCUGGAUCGGCAGCAUCUUCUUACUGAGUUCCCUCUCAGCCUUUGAUGCCAAGUCUUGGAUGGAUCCACCCACAUUUCCAGAUGUCUACCACAUUUCAGGAAUUCUGUCAUUACCAUACGCUGAAAUUGAAGAACCGUUUGAAGCUUGGUACAACCUCUCUGGGAAUGUCAGCCGCAUUGAAUAUUACCAUGGCCAGGUUAUAACUCUGCAGCAUGGAUUUGAAAAGCCACACGGAAUUAGUUACAAGGUUUCUCCAGAGACGACAGAAACUGAGAUAAAUGUCAUCAAAUGCUUCCAAGUAAAUGGAACCAGCGAUGAUCCAAUCCUUCCACAGUCUGUCUUUCCAAGUUUGGAGGGCUUUCAGUUCAUAAAAGAAGAGGAAUAUAAGGGACAUCACUGCAGCAUGUGGCAAAAUGUUACUUAUGAGAAUAAAAAGAAAAAUACUUACACCAUUUGGAUCACCAAUUCUACAAAUGGUCCUGUUCCUGUCCAUUAUGAAAUGAAGGGAUACAACACCUUGUUUGGCUCACAUUAUGACAAAUAUGAAUUUGAUUAUGGGACUGUGCACCUUAAUGUGGAUCCAAAUAUCUUCGAACUUCCUGAAGGUUUGUCUUGUGAAGGUUUCACUGGUCCUGGAGUAGAACACAGAAUUCUGGCCAAUCCCAUUCAGGAUUUAGUUACCACAGAUAAGGAAGACCAGGCUCACCAUUUGUUUCAGCAUUAUAAAGAGAAGUUUAAGAGAGACUAUGAGAAUGAUGAUAAGGAACAUGACUUGAGAAGAACCACUUUUAUUCACCAUAUGAGGUAUAUCUAUUCAAUGAAUCGGAAAAAUCUAACCUAUAAAUUGGCACUGAACCAUCUCACUGACCGAACUGUGGAUGAGACAGUAGCUUUGAGAGGAAGACUGAAGAGAACCUUACAAAAUAAUGGGCUGCCUUAUCCUGCAGAGAGUUACCUGCAAGUUGUUGCCCCUGUUAAUGUGGACUGGAGGUUGUACGGAGCAGUGACCCCUGUCAAAGAUCAAGCUGUUUGUGGGUCCUGUUGGAGUUUUGCUGCAACUGGUGUUUUGGAAGGAGCACUCCAUCUCAAGACAGGAAAUUUAAUUCCCCUUUCACAGCAAAUGUUGAUAGAUUGUACCUGGGGCUUUGGAAACCUUGGGUGCGAUGGAGGAUUGGAAUGGCAGACAUUUGAAUGGAUCAUGAAACAUGGCGGAAUUGCUGAUGCAGAAUCGUAUGGAGCUUACAUGGGACAGAAUGGAUUCUGCCACUAUAAUCAAUCCACAUUGAUAGCCAAGCUGAAGAGCUACACUAAUGUUAUUUCAGGAGACAAUGAAGCCUUAAAAAUGGCCAUCUUUAAAAAUGGACCUGUGGCUGUUGGGAUCGAUGUUUCACAGAAGUCCUUUAGGUUUUACAGCAGUGGGAUUUAUUAUGAGCCAAAUUGUGGAAACAAGCUGGAAGAUUUGAAUCAUGCUGUGCUGGCUGUUGGUUAUGGAACACUUGCUGGUCAUUCGUACUGGCUCAUCAAAAACUCUUGGUCAACGUACUGGGGUAAUGAUGGAUACGUACUCAUCUCCAUGAAAGACAACAACUGUGGAGUUGCUACAGAUGCAACUUACGUCACUCUGGAGUAACUGAACAGAAACAUGUACAAAUGCUCAAUCAAGCAUCAUAACAUUUGUUCAGAGUUUAUUUUUUGCACAGAUUAUUGCAACAAUCUUUCCAGCAUGAAAAUUAAUAACUGAAUACAAACUAAUAGGGAUUUUUCCAUAAAGAUUAAUAAAGUUGAACCUUAUAUUCUAUCACUGAUUUCUCUAACUGAUGAACUUUUGAACACCUUCACACAUAUGGUUGCAGAGUUUGUUUUCUUCUUUAGUGGAAGUAUUUUUGUAUAUGAUGAAGGAGCAACACCUUUGACCCUUACAAGAAUCAGUCUGAUUAUGCAGAUACAAUACCUCUUAUGAUUUAUGAUGUAAUACUUUUGUUCUAAUAAAUCAUUGCAGAAUUCUU